GUGACCAUUGAAAGCAUAUCUGACGUUAUUGAUGUACAAAUGGAACGGGAUUCGGAUACGAAGACGCCGAUCCACGUUGACAAUGUGCCAACGUUUGCUGCCAAGGACUUUGAAUUACCAGCAAAAAGUGACACGCAGUGGAAUGCAGCGGCCAGUGAUGACGAAUUACCAAAAGAAUCCUGUGAAUUUGUUGGAAAUGCUUUGGAGAAAUUGUGGGUUGCAUUAGGCGAUUUCUUCUCGGAAAGAUCAGCUGUUGCUCGUAGUAUUUUCUACAUCAUCUUCGCUAUUCUUUACAAUGUUUACUUCGUUGCCAGUGUUCACUAUUCCAUCCACAAUGGCAUCCCGAUGGAUUGGUGCGACGGAGUCGGUUUCCUUAUCGUCAUUACGCUCACCGUUUAUUUAGGCCUGUUUUACUUUCAAAUUGUUAAGAAGUUUUGGGGCAAAUCACUUAAUCGAGCAGUCAUGAAGCCGGCAGGAAAGGCAUUCGACCGGGCAUGGAAAUACAGUUGGAUUCGAUACGGUUUUUACCUCGUCCUAUUGGCUGGAUUGUUAACCUUCUUAAUUCUUGACACGGCGGAUGAACGAGUUCGAUUGCAAUCCUUUGGUGGACUGCUUAUCUUCUUGCUACUUGGAUGGAUCUUCUCCAAAUAUCCAUCUAGAGUGAUCUGGAGACAUGUUGUAUGGGGCAUGGCACUGCAGUUGAUCUUUGGUCUUAUCGUUUUACGAUGGGAUUUCGGCCGGAGAACAUUUGAAUGUUUAGGUAGCAAAUUUUCUCUCCUUCUGGAUUAUUCCGUUGCUGGAUCAGAGUUCGUUUAUGGCUACCUCGCCAGUGAUCAAAAUGCUUCCGGAAUAGCGUUGGGAACCAUUUUUGCUUUCAGAAUCUUGUCGGUCAUCUACUUUUUUAGUUUCUUGAUCAACCUCCUCUAUUAUUACGGUGCAAUGCAAUGGACAGUAGAGAAACUCGGAUGGCUUCUACAAAUUUCAGUUGGCACAACAGCCGCCGAGUCGAUGAACGCGGCCGCCAAUAUCUUUUUAGGCCAGACGGAAGCUCCACUCCUGAUUAAACCUUUUCUUUCCAAGAUGACGAAAUCAGAAAUUCACGCCGUUUUCACAGCGGGAUUCGCAACAAUAGCAGGAUCUGAUUUGGCGGCGUACACUGCUUUUGGAAUUAGUGCUUCGCAGUUACUCAGUGCAUCUGUCAUGGCCGCACCGGCUGCUCUUGCUGUAUCUAAAUUGCUCUACCCUGAAACAGAAAAAUCGCAAACGAAAGCUCGUGACAUUAAAGUGCCAAAAGGAUCCGAAGCUAAUGCUCUUGAUGCAGCAGCACAAGGUGCUGCUAUGGCAGUGUUAAUGGUAGCUCACGUGAUCGCAAAUUUAAUUGCCUUCUUAGCGUUUAUUGCUUUCCUUAAUGGAGUUAUCUCUUGGUUCGGUAACCUUCUUGGAGUACCCUACAUAACAUUUGAAUGGAUUCUGAGUAAACUCUUCAUUCCAAUAGCUUGGUUGAUGGGUGUUCCAUCAUCUGAAUGUUAUCUCGUUGCAAAUCUGGUGGCAAUUAAAACAGUUGUCAAUGAAUUCGCUGCUUAUGGAAAACUUUCUGAAUAUAUUGCACAGGGCGCCAUCUCGAAACGAUCUGAAACUAUAGCUACUUUUGCUUUAUGUGGUUAUGCAAAUCCCGGUUCGAUUGGAGCCCAAAUUGGCACUUUAUCUGCAAUGGCUCCCGGACGACAAUCAGAUUUUGCUCAAGUUGCUUUUCGUGCAUUCGUUGCUGGAAGUAUGGCGAAUUUCAUGAACGCCUGUGUUGCUGGUGCUUUAAUUUCAACUGACAGCAUGUCCAUCAACGAUCAUUUGUUUAAAUAAACGAAUAGAAUUGCAUUACUUUCAAUUACCCGCG